AUGCUACUGAAUUUCGUAUUUAUAUUAACUAUCCUUUUAGUUAAUAUAUCUAAAAUCAAUUCAUUUUAUUUACCAGGAGUUGCCCCAACAGAUUAUAAACAAGGAGAACAAAUACCUUUAUUAGUAAAUCAUUUAACUCCUUCAUUACAUCAUGUUAGUCAUCAAAAUAAAAUAAAAUCUGCAACAUAUGUUUAUUCUUAUGAUUAUUAUUAUCCAAAAUUUCAUUUUUGUCAACCUGAAGGUGGUCCAAAAAAGCAACUGGAAUCAUUAGGUUCUAUUAUAUUUGGUGAUAGAAUUUUUAAUUCACCUUUUGAUAUUAAAAUGUUAGAACCAGUGAAUUGUAAACAAUUAUGUACUUCAACUUAUCCAAAAUCUGAUGCUGUAUUUGUUAAUAGAAAUAUUAGAGCUAGUUAUAGUCAUAAUUGGUUAGUUGAUGGAUUACCAGUUGCAAGAAUUGUUGAAGAUCAAAGAACAAAUUCCCAAUUUUAUGGUACUGGUUUUCAUAUUGGUGAAGUUAAUAAAGAUCAUGCAGCAGUUUUAUAUAAUCAUUUUGAUAUAAAAAUUGAGUAUCAUAAAAGAGGAGAAAAUCAAUUUAGAGUAGUUGGAGUAACUGCAACUCCUGCUUCAUUAGAUAGAUCAGAAUUACCUGAAAAUUCACCAGCUGAUGCUUAUUGUUCAGUAGGAGAAUUAAAACAAUUACAUUUAGAUAAAGAUAAAGAUACAGAAGUAUUAUUCACUUAUUCUGUUAGAUUUGAAGAAAGUGAUAUAGUAUGGGCAACAAGAUGGGAUCAAUAUUUACAUGUUUAUGAUCCAAAAAUCCAAUGGUUUUCAUUAAUUAAUUUUUCAUUAAUUGUAUUGAUUUUAGGAAUUGUUAUUGCUCAUAUUUUAAUAAGAACUUUGAAAAAUGAUAUUGUAAAAUAUAAUGAAGUUAAUUUAGAUGAUGAUUUAACUGAUGAAAGUGGUUGGAAAUUAAUUCAUGGUGAUGUUUUUAGAUCUCCACCUCAAAGACAAUUAUUAUCAAUUUUAGUUGGUAGUGGUGUACAAAUUUUCUUUAUGGCUUUUGUUACUAUAAUUUUUGCAUUAUUUGGUUUAUUAUCACCAUCGAAUAGAGGAUCAUUAUCAACUUUUAUGUUUGUUGUUUAUAUGUUAAGUUCUAUUAUUUCAUCAUUUGUAUCUGGAUAUAUUUACAGAUUCUUAGGUGGUGAAGAUUGGAAAACUAAUUUAAUUUUGACACCUAUUUUAGUACCAGGUGGAUUAUUUGGAAUUUUCAUUUUCCUUAAUUUCUUUUUAAUAUCAGUUGAGUCUUCAGGAGCUUUACCUAUGGGAACAAUGGUCACUAUAAUAGGAAUUUGGUUUGUUGUAUCAAUUCCUUUAUCUGUUGUUGGAUCCAUUUUAGCAUCCAAAAGACCUUUGUUAGAUAUCCCAGUAAGAACAAAUCAAAUUCCAAGACAAAUUCCACAACAACCUUGGUAUUUAAAAUUAAUUCCAAUUAUGUUUAUCAGUGGUAUUUUCCCAUUUGGAUCAAUUGCUGUAGAGAUGUAUUUCAUAUAUUCAUCAUUAUGGUUUAAUAAGAUUUUUUAUAUGUUUGGAUUCUUAUUUUUUUGUUUUUUAUUAAUGACUUUAACAACAAGUUUAAUUACUAUAUUGAUGAUUUAUUAUACUUUAUGUUCAGAAAAUUAUAAAUGGCAAUGGAAAUCAAUUUGUAUAGGUGGUGGAUGUGCUAUUUAUGUGUUUAUACAUUCAAUUUUCUUGACUGGUGGUGAAAAACUAGGUGGAUUAACAUCCUUUGUUUUAUACAUUGGUUAUUCCAUUGUUAUAUCAUUAUUAGUUUUCCUUUGUUGUUCAAGUAUUGGAUUCAUUAGUAGUUUAUUAUUCGUGAGAACAAUCUACGCACAAAUUAAGAUUGAUUAG